CUGGCUUGUGGUUCGACAGUGUAUAUCUGAAAGCAUCCUCAGGAAGUAUCGCGACAAGAAAAUAUAGCUUGCACAUUUCUCAAGAACAAUACAGCUGGCAAUCGUCGCUAAUUGCUGUUUGAAAGUGACUAUUGAUUGAACCAAUGUGAGCAAUCCAGGAUUAUCUCCAACAUCACGUCUUAAAAUCACUAGAAGGCAACCACGAUGGACAAAAGUUUUUCCUCUUCGGUUCAGAGUGACUUGAGAGAGAACCGAUUCACGGUGGAAUUAACAAGGCCUACUUCAACAGCCUUUUCCGAGAACACGACACUGGACGACCUGUACUUUUUUCCCGAGGGCGACUUCGGGUGGUGCUUUUACGAGCGACACGGAGCUUCUUUCCUCCCGGCCAUCUACUGCGCGUUGUUCCUGGUGGGCCUCGCGGGCAACUCUCUGGUCGUGUGGGUCCUGGUCCGCGGGGUGCGGCUUCGCAACAUGACGGACGUGUGCCUCCUGAACUUGGCCGUGGCCGACCUCCUGUUGGUGGGCUCCCUUCCCUUCCUGGCCUACCAAGCCCGGGACCAGUGGAUAUUUGGGGACCCGAUGUGCAGAGCGUUGGUGGGUGUCCACAACAUCGUUUUUUACUCUGGCAUUUUUUUCAUCACGGUGAUGAGCAUCGACAGGUACUUAGCGAUAGUGCACGCUGUUUACACGCUGAGGGCACGCACACGCUCCACUGGUGUAAUUGUAGCGGUUGUCACUUGGGUCGCUGGAUUUUUGACCUCAUUUCCCGAACUCAUCUACCUGAAAAAGCAGCCCGAUCGCACGAACGCCACCUUCUGCUUCCCCGUGUAUCCCACACCCACUGUGGACAACAGCGACACUCACUUCUGGCGGGUUUUCGGCCUUUUGAAAAAGAACUUCAUAGGCUUAUUCGUUCCCAUGGUCGUCAUGACUUUCUGCUACUCGCAAAUCAUCAGGCGGCUGCUUUCCAGCCAGUCGUCCAGACGACGGACCAUCCAUUUGGUCGUCACGGUGGUGGCCGUCUUCUUCUUAUGCUGGGUGCCUUACAACGUGGCGUGCUUGUUCAAAGCGCUGGAGCUGCUGCAAGUCUACACAGACUGCGGCAGCAGCAAAGCCAUCAGGCUGGCUUUGCAAAUCACAGAGGUCGUCGCCUACCUGCACAGCUGCCUCAACCCUGUGCUGUACGUGUUCGUGGGCCGGAAGUUCCGGAACAACCUGCUCAGGUUGAUCCGCAGGACGCCGUGUGGUCUGCGGCAGCUCGUCAAGGUCCUCGUACCGCAGCGGCAGAUAAGCAGGUCCAACGUCUCCCAAACCACCAGCGUGGACGAGGGGAGCACGGCUGUGUGAAGUGGCGGCAUCAUUCGGUUUGCGCUGUUGUCCGGGGACAUUUCUCUUCUUUUACCCUAAUGAUUCCAUUAACCGUCACAAACCACCAGAUAGUAUUUGACACGGAGCUACUGUACAUUAUUCAAGGACCUGGAGCGCCCAGAUGGCCUAUUUUUCACGAACAACUUCUCCAUGUAUUAUUAUUAUUAUUAUUAUUAUUUUUUUUUGCUCAAGAAAAUGAAACUGGCAGUCAUUUUUAAUAAUAACAAUUGCUGUUUUCAUUGUCAAAAUCAAUAUUCUAAAGUGGCAGUAUUUACUCCUAUGUUAUAUUUCGUCACUGUUGGGCGGAAUCCCUCCACCUCCAAAAUGACAACUUUUCAG